AUGAUGAUGAAAAAAUGUGAAGUCCGGAAAGCAGUCCUUUUCACAGCUGGGCAUGGUGCGAUACCUGUCCAUUCACUUCAUCUAUAUUGUGAAUACUGCAAAGUCAACUACCACCAUAACUUUCGUGUCGUCGGUGAACAUCAAUUUGCAGAAAGAAAACUGAUCAAUCUGUGGAUAUCAAUGAUGUUAAUGGCCUGGACUUCAGCUACAAACUGUGCACGCAUUUUUAAUGCAUCAAUGACAGAAGAUGUCUUCCCUGACUGGCAGUUCAGUCUCUCCGUGACCUCAGAUCAAGUUUACGAUGGCUUUACAAUUCUAUCCCUUCUUGAAGACUGUAUCUCUCAGCAGAAAACUCUUGUCGUACCACAUGGGGGUGCAUCACGAGAUCAGUUAUACCAUUAUUGUAAAAAGUGCACACAUAUAUUUGAAAAUCCCCAUCGAAAGACAUCUGUUAUUGUCAUUGAUGGUGUGACUGUCUCCCAUCCGUGUUGCGGUGUUCCAAACUGCAAGACUCCUUUAGCUAAUAACCAUCACCGAUUCUGUCCGGGGCACUCUCACAUGAACAGUAUCUGUUCAAUUGUUGGUUGCUCAAACCCAGCUGUUCCAGGGAGAAAGUCUUGUGGUCAUGUAGAUCAUCAACACAUCGAGGAUGUGCACAACGAGCGAAGGGAAGGUCCUGUUCCUGUAACACCAAACUCGACCGCUUUGAAACCCCGCAUUCACGCUCAGUUUGGUCGAUGCCGAACGCAUAAUGAGCAACUAUUUGUUGCGCCGUGUGGAAUUAUUGUUGCUCGAGAAACCUUUUAUCACGCUGAAGCCCUCUAUAGUGUUAUCGAAAUGAUAAAACGAACCUACCGGCUGCCGGGUACCAUGCCAGAACACAUAUUCUUCGACAACAACUGUUCUAUUAAAAAAAUUGUCAAGAACGACCCCAUUUUUCAGAAGGUUGGACUCACAGUGGAUGUCUUCCACUUCAAGUGCAAGCAUAGCAUCGAGGAUCUGUUCUGUCAAAGGAACUGCAAUCCUUCCGCAUAUCCAGAGCUGCUCGGAGAGAAUGGGAAAGCAUGGUACUUUAAUUCCUCCAUUGCAGAACAGACGAAUGCAUGGUUGGGAGGAUAUCAGUCAAUUUGUCGCGAGAUGACAGCACAUCAUUUUAAUUUUUUUUUGGAUGAAAUGAUCCGUCACAGGAAUAUAGUCAUGAAGAACAAGCUUGAGAGGGAGGGGAGCCAGCCCAAGACAUGGAUUAUUCCGACCGUCUAG